AUGGAGUCUCCGAUCCCGGACUACCUCAACCGCGUGCUGGAGGCCACGCGCCCGUUAGAGUCGGGCCAGCCUGCCGGCUACAUCGAGACUCUGGCCAAAGCCGACACGUCCAAGCUUGCAGUGGCGCUCGCGAUGGUAGACGGCACCAUCUACUCGGCAGGCGAUGACCAAGUCGAGUUCUCGAUACAGUCCAUCUCAAAGGCAUUCGUCUACGCACUGGCCAUUGACGACGCGGGCUUGGACAAGGUCUUGGAGAAGAUCGGCGUUGAGCCGUCGGGGGGAGCGUACAACGGCAUACCCGUGUCUGUGGACAGGUCCACCAGCCGGCCGAUGAACCCGAUGAUCAAUGCGGGUGCCAUAGCUGCGCACGCCCUCGUCGUGGGACCCAACGCUACGGUGGAGGAGAGGACUGACCGCAUUCUCAAGGCUCUGUCAAGGUUGGCAGGGCGCCAGUUGCACGUCGACGAGACUGUGUAUGAGGAUGAGCUCAAGGACUCCGGCCGGAACAUGGGAAUCGCAUACAUCCUCAAGGCAGCUGGGUUCAUCGAAUGCGACCCGCAGGAUGCCGUCAAGGGCUACAUUCGCCAGUGUGCUAUCAACGUCAACGUCCGUGAUCUGGCCAUGAUGGCAGCGACGCUGUGCAAUGGCGGCAAGCAGCCCAUCUCGGGCGAUCAGAUUUUCCCGCAACAAAGUGUCCGUCAGGUGCUCUCGGUCAUGACAACCUGUGGCAUGUACGAUGCCGCCGGGACCUGGGUCGCAAACGUCGGUAUACCGGCGAAGAGUGGCGUUGCCGGUGGUAUCAUUGGCGCCCUUCCUGGCCAGUUAGGCAUCGCAGCAUUCUCCCCGAAGCUCGACAAGAAAGGGAACAGUGUACGUGGCGUCGCAAUAUGCGAGAAGAUGUCGCGGGACAUGGGCUUGCAUAUGAUGGACGCGAGCCAGAUAUCCAGGUCCACCGUGCGAGUAUCAGUGGCAAUCAUCGAGGCAGGAGGCGGGAAGGGCAAGCCUGUGGAGAAGCGAAAAGUAAUCAUCUUCAGCUUGAAGGGUGCUGUCCGCUUCACGGGUCUGGAACGACUCAGUCGUACCAUAGCUCACGAGCUGAGCCCGCCCACACCCGAGCAUCCCGACGCUGGAAAACACAGGGAUGCCUACGCUGUUGUCAUCUCCCUCCGUGAGGUCUACUCGCUCAACAAGAUUGCACGACAGAUUCUCCACGAUGAUAUCCAGAGGCUUUUGAUCGAAGGCAGGAGGGUCAUCGUGAUCGACCCAACAACUGCAUUGCGUAUGGAGACUGUCAAAGAUGAGAACUCUUUCCACAUCGUUUCUUACGAGGCCGAGGCACGGGAUUUUAUCGGAGGAAGUGGAUGCAAGUUGAACCCCAGUUCGGAUCUCUGGUAG